AUAAACUCGGCUCCUGCCUGCACGCCUACGCCUCCGGAUCCUUCGUCAGCCCGUGGUGACACCCUUUGUGGUUACUUUCCAUUCCACGAAGAUUCCAAGGGUUCUGUCCAUCGUUCCCAACCAAACAAAGCCGAAAGCGGUCUGCCUAAUCACAAAACCGCUUCUCUCGCCAUCGACUCCUCCUUUCAAGCGGACUCCCGCGGCGCUUCUCGGUCUGCAGCCAUGGCACCAUCAAUCCACCUCUCCCCCGCGAGCGCUGUCGAUCCUGCGGGACAAUCCAGCGUCAAUACGCCUGUAACGUCUUACCUGCCUAGCGGCGUUCACGAUACGUCAUUACCCAUGGGCAAAUACUAUCCUUCGAACUACGAGCGAAAUAGCAGUCAAGAUGGUCGCAUAGGGUCUUCCGGGCCCCCGAGCCGUGUAUCUUCGACGAGGUCAGAGGGGCAUGUUUCAACGCGUGAGGCUUUCAGGUCAUCCGCACGACAAGACUCGGAAGUUCGUCGCAAAUUACAACAAUACCAACGAGACAUGAUUGCUCAGGCGAGACUGGCGGCUAGCGAAGUGCUCGGUAGUUCACCCAGUCAGGUUGCUGCGGUUCCUAGCUCCACAAUUGCCUUGAAUGGGGUACCCUUGACGAGCCUACACCAUAUCGGAAGCACCGGCGUGCACAAACCCAUCUCACCAAGACUUUUGCCACUGGGAAGUCCAGGGCCCGUGACGCCGAUGGAUCUGGAAGGAGGGCAGGGCGGAUACCUUGAUCGGGGUCGCAAUGAUGAGAUUGCCCGAGUAUUACGGGCCGAGGAAGACCGCAUCCGCCGGGAAGGGGCAACUUCGCCGGCGGUUGAAACGGGUCCGCAAGUUUUCUAA